AUGAAUAAAAUCAUAGAAGUUAUGGUAAAACAAUUGGGAAAUUUCUCAUCAAUCAACAGGAAUUCACAAAUUGAAGUUCAAGAAUUUAUAUCACAAAAGUUAUACCACACCUUAUUACUCAACGGUUGUCACAAAUCCUUACCAACAGAUGAUGAUGAUAGUGAUGCUGAAGAUGAAGAACCAACCAAAUUUGAGACGUUAGUCAUUAACGAGGUCCGAAAGAGGGUUUUCCAACAACAUCAACCUUUUUUACAAUUGAUACAAGACACCAUCAGUUCUAGAAAAAAUUUAAGAAACAUUUUGAUCAAACUUAAUAGUGCUAGCAAUUCAGGUUACAUCUCUUGGAAGAUGUUGGAAGAUAUGGCAUUACCACAACAUCAAGCUGUUACAUUGGAUCAUUUCAUCAUGUUUUUAACUAAAUUCCGUGCUGUCUCAUCAAAACUUGAUGAAAAAUCAAAUAACACUGUGGUAAUUAAAGAUGAUCAAUUGAAGGUUAUUUUUCUUCAAAACUUAAAUAAAAGUUCACAUUAUAAUAACUUUUUGAAUACCAAGGGUUUGAAUAAUACCAAUUCAAAAACAAGUCUUUCAACAUUACAAAACCAAAUUUUAGAUGAAAUUAGAACAGCAACUACUUAUGGUUCUUUGGCAACAAAUUCAGAAUUAAUGCAAGAUGGUAAUGGUGAAACAGCUGGUCCAACUCAGGUAAAUCAAGUGUCUUCAAACUUUAGAAAAAGAAGAUUUAGUGAUGGCAAUGACAACAAUGUAAAAAGGUUUAGAAGUCAAGAUGAUGAAUUUCAUAAUAGCAAACACAAUAAUUUUGAUGGUCAAUUAUCAACUGAUGCAAUGCAACCAUGCCCUUUACCAUAUCAUCAUUCACACCUCACUUAUCAAUGCAGAAGGUUAAGAAAUAUAUUCAACCCCAAGCCACAUCAAGAUAACCAAAGAAAAUUCCAUUCAAAUAAUUAUAGAAACCAACAUUCAUCAAAUAAACCAUCAUAUAAAUAUUACUUCAAGAUAUGUAGCACAGUAGUCCACAAUCUUAACACUAAUCCAUCGAUUGCAUCAUCUAAGAUUGAAUUGUUGUGUGACUCAGGUGCAAACAAUACAGUAUCAUUCAAUUGUCAAAGUAUAUUGGAAAAUUAUAGAGCUGUUGAAAAAUCUAUGGAAUCUGUAUUUGUUGCUGAUGGAAAUGAAGUUGUUGUACAUGGUGUUGGUGAUAUAACGUUGAAAUUAGGUCAAAAAUCAAUCUUCAUUAAAAAUAUAUUGAAUAUAAAAACCAAAACUGAUACAAACCAACAAAAACUAUUAAUAUCAGUAACUCAACUUACUGAUCACAAUGUCUUUUUAAACAUGAAGCUCAGAGCGUUAACUGACAUUAAUGAUGUGGUAUUAAAACCUUUGCAUAUUUUGAAUGGUCUAGUAGUGCUGGAUAGUGACUCAUUAGAAUCAACAACAGAAUCAACAACAAGAAAUAAAGGUGAUGAACGUUAUGGUGGAAAUUUAGUUGGAACACAUUUGAACCAGGUGAAAUUGGCAGAUAUGAAGUUAGAACCACGAGUGUUGGAAGAAAUUCAUCAAAAAUUUGGACAUUUCUCCAUUAAUAUCAUCAAAGAAAUGAUUAAAAAUCAUCAAAUACAAGAUUUGGAUGCUUUCCGAACACAAGUUAUGAGUUCCGAGGUACAUGGUGAAGAUGCUGAAGCGUUAGGACCUACUAGAAGCGGUGGGAAUUCAAUUGAAGAAUGUAUUUUUUGUAUCCGACACAGAUACAAAAAUAAAGCAGCUAAGAAAAAUAGUACCAAGAAAUACUUGUCUCAAUACAAAGCAGGCCAAGUUAUACAUCUUGACCAUACUAUUCCACCAAAAGAACUCGUUAAUAGUCUCAAAUUUAAAUGCAUUUUAGUUUUAAAAGAUCCUAUAAGUGGUGAAGUGACUGUUGAUCUCCAAAAUAGCAGAUCAGAAACAUCAAGCUUUUUAGAUAAAUUCAUAAAGAUACAAGAAAGGAAGAAUAAUGAAAAACUCCUGAUCAUUCAACAUGAUAAUGCUGCUGAAUUAAAGCAUCUUAAAUUAGAUAGUCGGUAUGGUAUUAGACAACGGAUGACAACACCUUAUAUUUCUUCAAAUAAUGCCGCUAUUGAAGUAGAGAAUCAAAUUCUACUACAAAAUUCCCGUGUCUUAUUCCAUUCAUUGCCAGUUGAAAUCAAAAAACUCAAUCUGUUCAAAUACGCAAUCAAAUAUGCAGUUGUCUUACGAAAUAUAGUGAAGUUGAAGAAGCCGGUUCUGAUUAGCAAGUUAAUAAAGUUUGGAGAUAUAUUAGUUACAAAUCCAUCAAUUAAACCAUUAUCAAAAAUAGAAUGUCGAGGUGUUUUAGGCAUAUGUUUAGGAUUGAACAAUGAAGAUGAAACAGGUGGUAUGGGCUAUAAAGUGCUCCUUAUCCAUAGUGGUGAAGUUAUAGACACAACCAAUUACAGAAUUCUAAAAAAUCAAGUUGCUGCUAAACAAGAGUUGAACAAUGUAUUGGAUGAGAUGAAUAGAAAAAGACCUCACAAACAUACUUUUCCAAUCAUAAAUCCUGAUGAAGAACAAAUUCAAAACUUAUUUAAUGAAUUUUUAAAUAAUCCGUUUAUGUCAACAGAAAUUACUGAAAAUUCAUCACAAAUGUUAACAGAAAUGCAAUUACCAGUUACAACAGAUGACCAAGAAUCGACUUAUCAAAGUAUUCAACAAACUGAACCAAUUAUUAUUUCAAGUUCAUCUACAAUAGCUGAAGAAAACACUACAUCACCUGAAGCUAGUAACCAAACAUCUGAACAACAUUCAGAUCUUCCAAAUUUAGAUAUAGAAGAUGAUGAAGAUCAGUAUCAUAGUGCACAAGAAGACAUAGAUGAAGAAUUAGAAAGUCGUACUGGAACAGAAAAUGAAGAUCAUACAAGUGAGACCAAUUUUACUGAACCACAAUUGAGAAUGGAUCAAGAUUCCAGAGUUGCUAUUCCAAAGAAUCUACUAGAACAUUACAAUAAUGCUGAAACACAGAUUGACAUUACUCCAAAUUCAAGUAUCAGAGAUAGAUUGAGACCUCGAAAUUCCACUAGGCUUAAUCAAAUUUUCCAUAUAAGAAAUGAAAAUUUCAAUGCUGCUUUUGAAGCUAAAAUGAGAAGUGAAGAUGCUCAAGAUGAAUCAGAUGAUACAAAACUUGAACCUGAUCCAAAUAAAGAUAUUAAAGUUGGAAUGCAAAACAUUAAAUUUUCCGAUGCUAUAGAAGAUGAGAGAUGGAGAAAAACCAUAUUAGAUGAGAUCAAUGGACUUACAACCACUACCGUCAUGACGUUGCUGAAGAAUAAAGAAGAAGCUCUGAAGUUAGUUCAAGAAUUAAAAUGCAAAAUAAUACUGAAAAGUAGAUGGCUUAUUAGUAAAAAGUUAAAUGGGUCCCUCAAAAGCAGACUUGUCUGCAAAGGUUACAUGGAGCAACUUGAAAAAGUUGAACAGGACAAGAUGUUCUCUCCUACUUUAAGCAUCAGUAACCUUAGGCUCUUGCUUGCUAUAGCUGUUGAUCAUGGUGGUUUACAUCUCAGUACGCUUGAUUAUAGCAAGGCAUUUUUAAAUGCACCGUUACAAAAUUCUGACAAGAAGAUAUUGGAGUUUCAAGAUCAACAUAACGUCAAAAGAUAUGCUCUCAUUCAUAGAGCGCUUUACGGAUUAAAAAUUAGUCCUAAACAAUGGUUCUUAACUUUAGCUGCUAAAUUGGUCAAUGAGUUGAAUUAUCAAGCUUUUUCAAAUGCUCAAACCAUUUUUAUUAAACGUGAUAAUAAAGGAAAUAUUUCUUCAGUUGUGGGUUUGUUUGUGGACGAUUUAAUUGUUUUAUCCAUUCCUCAACAAACAAAAGUGGUGGUUCAAUCGUUAGCUGGUUUAUUUGAUUCCAAGAUUACAUCCACAUAUAAAGAUAUAAAUUUGCUACUAUUAGGCUCUAAUAUGAAGAAAAUAUUAAAUAAUGACUAUACGGUAAAAUCAAUUUAUUUGUCAAAAACUGAAUACAUUACAAAUAAUAUUGAUCCAUUAUUAGACCCAAAAACAGGUUCCUUUAUCUCCAAAUUUAACCAUCAGAAAAUACCAGGAAAAACUCCCAUCAAUCAGGACUGGAGGGAACCCUCAGCUGAAUCAAUAAAUGAAGUUCAAAGUAUGAAUGAAGAAGUUAAAGAGAAAAGAAUCAAUGAACUCCAGAAACUAUUGGGUAAAAUUAAUUAUCUGAGUCAAUUUAAACCUGAUUUAAGAGCACCAGCUGCUUUAGUUGCUAGUUUUAUUACAUCUGUGCCUGCUAAUGAACUCUUUUUUAUGGUUCAUAAGAUGCUUACAUACAUUUCAAUCACCAAGAAUGAAGCUAUUGUUUUUGCUAAAGAUGAAGUUGCUGGUGAAUAUCAAGUAUCGAAAGGUCCAAAAAAUAAUAAGUUGGUUCAUUUAGAAGUUUUAUGUGAUGCCAGUCAUCAUAAUUUACAGAAAUCAAGAUCUUUAACUGGUUUUGUUAUUUACUACAAUCGAGUGGGUGUUAUUGACUUUAAUGCUAUAAAAACAACAAAACCAACGUUGUCUACAUGUGAAUCUGAACUGAUGUCUAUUUUUAAUGGACUCCAACAAACUCUAAUGUUUAGAAAAAUCUUAAAGAACACCUUUGGUUUAGAUACUAUGAUAACCAUAUACUCAGAUUCACAAUCUGCUUUAAAGUAUCUACAAAAUGAACAAACAACAAAAGAAAUGAAUCAUGUUGAUGAACACAUAGAGUCAAUGCGUGAAAUAGUUCAUAGAUCCAAUCCAAGAUAUCAAUUAUUGGUACAUACCCUUGAAAAUGAAUCUAAAGAAAAGAUUUACUUCAAAAAAAUUGAUGGUUCCUUAAAUGCUGCUGAUAUACUCACUAAGGCUGUGAGUCCAAAGGUUAUGAAGACAUUAAAACCUUUUGCUCUUGGCCAAUUUCCUGAUGAGAGUAAGGUAAGGUUCAAUUUUGGUACAAAAGAUCCUAAUCAAAAGAUCUUAAUUAACUAUGCAAAGGUUGUAAAUUAUCAAGCAGAAUAA